CAGCACGCCGCGUGAGGUGUGCGGCUUUGUCCCCCCGGCAUGGCCCACAAUGCACCGCGCUCGGACCUUAACAUGGCGCUCGCGGCUGCUGUUUUUAACACGGCCUUGGAUAUGCGAUACCGAAACUAGGAUGAAGACGGAGGCUACGCGCUGCGCCGUUUGAGCUCAAGGACAGUCGGAUUCGGCCUAGCGUAGCCGCCGGUGUAUGAGCUUGGGGGGCUUUGUGGCCGCGGGCUAGCAGAGCGGGCUAAAGCGGGGGCCGCUGGAGGGGCUGCCGUGCGCGGGGGAUACGGCUCGCUAGCCCCGUUAGCCAUGCUAGCGCUCGGCGGCGGCGCUUCCAAGCCGGUCCGCACACAAGCUGUGUUUGUUUCAUUAACCUGCGCUAAGUCUGCUAGCUAGCUAGCUAGCUAGUAGGUUUACAAAGAACAAACUUCGUUUUUUCCACCUCCUGGACAUUGACGCUAAAUGCUAACUCGCCUUCUCGUAUAAUCAAGGAAAUCGUUGCUAGCCGCCUUGCUACUGGGUUUGCCUUUCAUUUUUAAUCAGACAGGCAGCUAGUUGGGCUGGGGAAUGCUAACUUUGGCUUAACCGUGUCGUUUGUUUAGUCUCAGAUUCCACUUUCUUCCAAAAGAUUAAACCUGUCGCUAUACUAACUGAACUGUUUAGUUUUGGAUCGGAGCCCGUAACUGAACGAAUAGAGUAACGGGUUUCAUAGUUAAGCUUGGUAUCUUAACACGAUCGCGUUGUCCUUUUACUCUCUUCUUUUAAAAACAUUUUAGUAUUUGGCUUUUUUUUAACGAAGUAAAACCCACAAAGUUAUGCAUUGCGCCUAUGUCUGCUGGUACACGAAACUCAACGCAUGAAUUUAUACAAACAGCAAGACGUUUGAUAUAUAUAAUUGCAGUUAUUUCCUCAACAGUUGGCAUCGCUUUGUUUUGUGGGACGUAUUGCUUCGGUUUGUUUUUUAAUUUUAAGCUCGCUUAGAUAGGUACUGUAACAGGUUUGCAGCUUUAUUUUUUGCCCCCAUUGCGAAACUUCUACUCUUCCUUUAGAGGGUAGGAGGAUUGUAGUGGUAGUUGCCUGUUUCUUAAGGUUAGUUUGUUUUUAUAACAUCGUUCUAGGGGUAAAAGGUUUUUCCACAUAACUGGCUAUAACUUAGGUGCUGGAUGACCAGGUAGCUGUUUUAUGCAAUAGUACUUCCAAACUGAUGCCUGUUGUGAGCUUUCUGAAGACUUCAGUCGGGAGCCAUUUCAUCUGUAUCAUCUUGACUAGGUAGACUGCUGACUGUGGUAUAUUGCCAGUGCUUUUGUUUUUGUGCGGUAGGCUGUUUUGGUUGUCCUGCCCAUUUAGAAAAGUAGCAGUGAUCUUCUGCUUAGGGCAUAGACAGAAAGAGAGAUAUGGAGGAGGCUAGGAGCCCCAGAAAAGUGAACAAGUCGUCCCGCACUGAGGCCAGGGGGCCUAACGGGCCAUCCUCCAAGCAUGUAAAAGAAGCCACAGCAAUGAAGGACUGCAGCAAACCUGUGGCAGCUGUUGGCGAGGGCAGGUCUCAGCCAGCCGAUGACGCCAGAGACAUUGGAAAGCAGGGCAGGGACCAUGGGAGAGGGAAACCCCGCAGGAUCACUGGCAGGAACAGCCCUGGGGAGAGGGGCAAAGGGAAGGCAGGGAGACCCGAAAUUCAGCCUCCAUCCCAGUCCAGUAAUACAGGGGGGGCUGGGAAGUUUGGAUUCAGUCGGGAUGUCAUUACGAUUACGGGAGCCAAGGCAGAAGUCACACCGCCUACACAAAAACUGGAUAACACGAGUGUCAUCAUGACCUCUGUUAGAGAGACCUCUGCUGUUUCAGCGACGAAUCCUGCAGCUGAGCCAGUGGACAGGAUGACGAUGGCGAGCGAGGUGGUCCUGACCACGGAGCAGCAACUGGGCCUUAGACAGGCGGAGGAGCGGCUCAUCCGAGACUACAUACACCGGCUUGUCAAGAGAUCUCCAGAGUACCCAAAUUUCCAGUACCUGUGCAUGCUCUGUUCGGCUCACAUCGAGAACAUCCAGGGUGCUCACAAACACAUCAAGGAGAAGAGGCACAAGAAGAACAUUAUGGAGAAGCAAGAGGAGGAUGAGCUGCGGGAGCUGCAGCCCCCCUCCCCGGCCCAGCUGCAGGCCGUGGGUGCAGUGGUGAGCGACGUCGCCCAUCAGCAAGGCAUCUCCGAGGAGGACUUCCUGUUACGGCAGGAAGUGAUGAAGCAGAUGGAGGCGGUCAUUCAGCAGCAGCUUUCAGCCUGCUACCUUCGCCUCUAUGGCUCCUGCCUCACCCGCUUUGCCUUCAAGACCAGUGACAUCAACAUCGACGUCGUCUACCCUCCCAACAUGACUCAACCCGAUGUGCUGAUUCAAGUACUGGAUAUCCUGAAGAAUAACUCCCAGUACACUGAUGUGGAGUCCGAUUUCCACGCCAAAGUUCCCGUAGUCUUCUGUAGAGAUGUCAGCAGUGGUCUAAUGUGUAAAGUGAGUGCUGGGAAUGACGUUGCCUGUCUGACCACCAACCUGCUCGCAGCUUUAGCCAGCAAGGAGCCCAAGGUUAUCCCCCUGGUGCUAGCCUUUCGGUACUGGGCAAAGCUUUGUCACAUUGACUGCCAGACAGAGGGUGGCAUUCCUUCAUAUUCCUUCUCGCUCAUGGUCGUCUUCUUCCUGCAGCAGAGAAAGAAGCCCAUUCUUCCUGUUUACCUGGGCCCCUGGAUCGAUGGCUUCGACAUGAAGCGGGUGGAUGAAUACCACCUGACAGGGGUAGAGCUAGGUCAGUUUGUGGCUUGGGAGCACAAACCUUCUGGCAAUGGUGAGGCCAGGGGUGAAGGCAAGGGGAAAGCAGAGCCAAAGAGGCAGGCUGGGAAGAAGGCAGAGUCAUCUGACGGGUCCGCCCGCAGCCCACGGGCAUCCAGCGGCAUGACCCGUCUGACCCUGGGCUCGGUCCAGGAUGUGCCAUUGGGACAGCUCUGGCUGGAACUGCUGCGCUUCUACACACUGGAGUUCGCGCUGGAGGAGCACAUCAUCAGCAUCCGCCUGCGGGAGCCGCUCUCCCGCGAGGCCAAGAACUGGCCACGCCGCCGGCUGGCCAUCGAGGAUCCCUUCGCGCUGAAGCGCAAUGUGGCCCGGAGCCUGAACAGCCAGAUGGUCUUCGAGUACAUCCAGGAGCGCUUCCGUACCGCCUACAAAUACUUUGCCUGUCCACAGAGCAAGGAUGGGUUUGCCCGUCAGCGGCACAGGAGGAGGUGCCAGUGUGACCCUGAGAGGCCCAGGGCGCCAGGAUGCACCAGGGGAGAUUCCAAGGACUUCAAACAGAGACCCCGUGGGCCGGAGGGCGAGGAGGAUGACAGCAAAGAUGAGGACGACGAUGACGACAGAGGCCAGAGUGAGGACGAAUGUGACCCACAGGGGGCGCUGUCUGCUGACUUGUCUGAGCUGCUGCUGAGCGAUGGGGAGCAGAUCUCACCAUCACCCACGCGGGCCUGGGCUGAGUCAAAGGAGCGCGCUGCCAAUGGUGCCCUCUCACCGGAGAAGGAAACGGAGAAUGGUCUGCAGGAAAGCGAGGAAGAGGAGGUCAAGGAGCAGCCAGAUGUCGCCCCUGACGAGCUAUACUACACCUUUGACCGGGUCAUCUUUACGGGAGGGAAGCCGCCCACCGUGGUGUGCAGCAUCUGCAAGAGGGACGGCCACCUGAAGGACGAAUGUCCCGAGGACUUCAAGAAGAUCGAGCUGGAACCUCUGCCGCCCAUGACGGAGAUGUUCCGCGAAAUCCUGGACCGUGUCUGUCGGCUAUGCUACAAUGAGUUGUCCCCCCCGCCUGUAGAACAACAGAAAAGGGAGCAGAUUCUUGCCAGCUUGGAAAGAUUUAUCCGCAAGGAGUAUAAUGACAAGGCGCGUCUUUGCCUCUUCGGCUCGUCCAAGAAUGGCUUUGGCUUCCGUGAUAGCGACCUGGACAUCUGCAUGACGCUGGAGGGCCACGACACAGCAGAGAAUCUGAACUGCAAAGACAUAAUUGAGGGGCUGGCCAAGAUGCUGAAGAGGCACGCAGGUCUGAGGAACAUUCUGCCCAUAACGACAGCCAAAGUGCCAAUCGUCAAGUUCGAGCACAAACAGAGUGGCCUGGAGGGAGACAUAAGCCUGUACAACACCUUGGCGCAGCACAAUACCAGGAUGCUUGCCACCUACGCUGCCAUCGACCCACGUGUGCAGUACCUGGGUUACACCAUGAAGGUCUUCGCAAAGCGCUGCGACAUCGGCGACGCGUCGCGGGGCAGCCUGUCGUCCUAUGCCUACAUCCUGAUGGUGCUCUACUUCCUGCAGCAGAGGCAGCCCCCCGUCAUCCCCGUUCUCCAAGAGAUAUUUGAUGGCACAACUGUUCCUCAGAGAAUGGUUGAUGGCUGGAAUGCAUUCUUCUUCGACAACAUCGAGGAACUGAAGCAGCGUCUCCCGGAGCUGGACCAAAACGGUGAGUCAGUGGGCGAACUCUGGUUGGGCCUGCUGCGCUUCUACACCGAGGAGUUCGACUUCAAGGAGCAUGUCAUCAGCAUCCGCCAGCACAAGCGGCUCACCACUUUCGAGAAGCAGUGGACCUCCAAGUGCAUUGCCAUUGAGGAUCCCUUUGACUUGAGCCACAACCUCGGUGCCGGCGUUUCCCGGAAAAUGACCAACUUCAUCAUGAAGGCGUUCAUUAAUGGGAGGAAGCUGUUUGGAAUCCCGUAUUUGCCCCAGCCUGGGAUGGAGGCGGAGUAUUUCUUUGACUCCAAAGUGCUAACGGACGGGGAACUGGCCCCCAAUGACCGCUGCUGCAGGAUCUGCGGGAAGAUCGGACACUACAUGAAGGACUGCCCUAAGAGGCGCAGGAUGAAAAAGAAGGAGAACGACAAGGACGAGGAGGUGAAGGAGGAGGAUCGCGAACCACGGGAGAGGCGCUGCUUCCAGUGCGGAGACACGGGUCAUGUUCGCCGCGACUGUCCUGAAUACCGACAGCUUCGCCAGCGCGGCUCAGGGGGCCCAGUUCCUCAGAUAACACGUGCAAUGGUAAGCUCCCAGUCCAUCCCAGUGCCCCAGGUCGGAGUUGGUGCUCCAGACCGGCCCGGAAGAACCAGACAGCCUUCCGAAUGUUCGGAGACGCGGCAGACGCCUCCCUACUCGCCUCAGUCUUCGCCCUUCAACCAAGCCUCCACCCAGUCACCCAGCUCCCCCCAGUCAAGCCAGGUGAAGCCCCCAAGCUCCCUCAAGCAGCCCCCCCACCCACAAGUCCAACUCUCUCUCUUCGGCUUCCCCCACUCGCACCCCGGCGGGUUCCACCCCGGGCUCCCAGCCCUGGGAAUGCUACAGGCACACCAGCAGCACCACCACCAUCACUCCAUCCCCCUGGCCUCCGCCUCAUGGCCCAUCCACGGCCCGGUCAUCCAGACCACCUCGACCGGGCCAGCACCACACCCGUCCCCACCUGGCCUGGGCUUCCCGCCGCGUACGGGCCCCCCCGGGGGAAGCAGCGGAGGGUCGACAGGCAACUCGGGGCCGGUGGGUCUGAACGACCCCAGCAUCAUCUUUGCCCAGCCUGCAGGCCGGCCUGUGGGUUUGGGUGGCUCGGGCCAGGAGGGGCACUGGCACAAGCAGAUGGGCCCGAGAGCACUGGUGGGGAACGGCACACUGGGGAAGACAGACCCGACCUACCAGGGUCAGUUUGGGAAAGUGACCCAGGCUUGCUUUUCCUGGGAUCACAGCAGCGUCGCCCAGCAUUCCCUGUCCCCAACGUGGGCGUAUCGUAUGCCGCAGACCUUCCUUCCGCAGGGAAAUGGAGGCUUUCAACAGAACAAACCUUUUCUGUCCCAAGGCACUGUGGUGCCCAGAAACCAACAUUUUCCCCUGAUUCCCCACGGCUCACACAUCAGUCUGAACUACAUCCAGCAGAAGAAGUGAGGCCUGGUCAGCGACGAUGGAGACGACGAGAACAUCUUUAUGAAAAGAACAUCCAAAUUAAGAUUUUAACUUUUCAUUAUUUGAUGGCAACUCUUUUUAAGGAACUUGUAUGAUUUUUGUACAGUUUUUACUUUUUUGUGUUAUCACGGUGACCUGUGAUACAGAUGUCAAAUAUUUUAAUGCCCCCGUUUUUGAAGGGGUUUCCAAAAAGUGUUUUAUUUUAUUUGUAAAGGAAGGAUUUAAAAUGUAUUUCUUUAUUUUCAUCCAUUCAUGCUUGGUUUUUGGACUCUGCACUAGGUUUGUUGUUGUCCCGGGUCAGAUUAUGGUGCCAAAAAACCUUAAAAUAAAUGAGAAAAAAAAAACUGAAAAAUAUCAAAAUGAAAAAAUAAAGAAAAAGCAAAUGGAA